AUGUCAUUUUCUUCAUUGCCUAUAAUCGAUCUUAAGGCAGACGAAUCAACCAUAGUGGACUCAAUAUUAAAUGCUUGUUCCACAACUGGCUUUUUCUAUAUCCGUAAUCAUGAUCUUUUCAAUGCUCAACAACACAUGUUUGAACUUUCUAAAGAAUUUUUUCAAUUACCAUCGGAUAUUAAAGAAAACUAUACCAUAAGAACAGAUAAUCAUGGAUUUAUUCGACGUGGAAAAGAAAAUCUUGAUUCUGCAAAUAGAAAAUUAAUCGAUGAAAAAGAAGCAUUUAACAUAGCACAAGCAGUUUCACGCGAUCGAUUGCCUGCAUUAUUUGCUGAAUCAAAUAAUUAUGAAUUCAUUACUAAAUUUUAUCGUGAUUGUUAUGAUUUAUGUAUGAAACUAUUGGUAUAUAUUGCUAAAGGUUUUGAUAUUGAUUUGGAUUAUUUUACGUCAAAGCAUAAGUUGGAAAUUGAACCUCACAAUAUAAUUCGACUUCUUCAUUAUCCACCUGUAACAGAACGAUCGGAUGAAAGCAUUCGUGCUGGUGCUCAUUCGGAUUAUGGUUCACUAACUCUUCUUUUUCAACAUGAACAUAAAUCAGGUCUUGAAGUACUUGAUCGUUCAACAAAUAGUUGGCAUCCUGUUGAACCAUUCGAUGAUAUGAUUGUUGUAAAUUUCGGAGAUGCUUUUGAAUAUUGGUCGAAAGGUUUUAUAAAAAGUAUUGUUCAUCGUGUUGUUAUGCCAGUAGUUGAUUCAACAAAAGAUAAUGAACGUUAUUCUAUAGCAUUUUUUUGUGGCCCUAAUGAUUCAACAUUACUAACACCAAUUCCAUCAAAAUUAAUACUUGAUCGACAAUUCGAAAAAGAUGAACAUGCUAAACAUGCACUUGAUCUUGAUAAUGAACACGUAUUAACUGCCGGUGAACAUUUAGCAAUGAGAUUGAAUAAAACAUAUAAUUAUUAG